CUCGGCCCAGUCACCUUUGGCACCUUGAUCCUCGUCGCCUGCUUCAGCCUCGCGGGUCUACACACCAUCUUCACCUGGUGAUCAACACACGCGCUCAGGGGAGAAGAUGGCAAAAAUUACCGCCAUCUCGUCUCACGAGGAGGCCAACACCUCGUCCUCUCCUCGCAAGCCUGCCAAGCGUGCACCACCCCCUUCUCCUCCUCCUCCUGUCUCCCUUUUCAUAUGGCUCAUCCCUACUUUGACGGUCGCUUUUUCCAUCUACUGCAAUUACAGGGGCAUGCAAGCUACACCUCAUGGCUGGUUUCAUGACCUCAUGUCUACUUCACCGACGGCGCUGCGCAGCCAAGCUGGCCUGCCGCGCAGCUUUCACCAAUCUCUCGACGACCUUCCUCGUCCCUUCGAUCGAAUCCUUCUCGUCCUUGACCUCUUCUUCGUCCAAGCAGCAGCCACAUCAUUGGGCAAGGGACUGGUAGCUAUCAUGGCCAGCAUCGCGCUACCGUGGUUCGUCGCAGAGCUCAUCGAGGGGCUCAAGGUCGGCCAGAGGAGGGCGCCGUUGGGCAUCGAAGGCUUUGCCCUCAUUGUAAUCAUUGCUGGCGUGUACAUGUUCGGCUGCGUCAUCCCUUUGGUCAGCGUACCCGCAAUGGCCAUCUACGGCUGGCGUCAGGCGACCAAGAAGCCCUCGGUCAUUCGGCCUCUGCCUUCGCCGGACGCCAGCGUCGUCCAGGCAGUCGUGCUCAACGUCGCCAUCUCUGGCCUUCCUAUCCUCGGUCUCCUCCUCAUCGACGCCCAGUCUUACCCCGUUCUCGCCUUUUACAACAACAUAGGCGCCGUGCUCUUUCCACUAGCCUGGUUUCCCCUUCUCAUCCUCCGCUCACGCUCAGGCUCCACAAAGCACCGCAAGCACGUCGAUCCGCGCCUCGCUGCUUCCAAUGCGUACCGCCUCUUGGCCUAUCUGACAAUUCCGGCCUGGUGGGGGGGAGGAUAUGUUGCCAUCCCACAGCUCCUGCGCAUCAUCCGAGGCUCUACUGCUCAAUGGCCAGAUGACGCUACCUCACUCCUCUUCUGGGAUAUCUGUGGUCUCCUCGCUGGAGCGUACGCGCUCGUACUCGUACAAGCUGAGGUGGACUUCAGAGCUGUGCAGUGCGGUGGGCCGAGGGUGCAUCGCGCUCGUCUUCUGGUGGAGGACAUUGUCUUUGGAUCAACAGGCCUGCUCCUGCUGGGGCCGGGCUUUGCAUUCAGCAUGUACCUGGCGAGGAGGGAGGUGCUGGCUGAGAAAGCACGAUUCGGCGUCGCGCCUGCCUUUGUUGAGGAGGCCGAGAAGCUGGAUGGCGAGUUCAAGGCGGAGGCGCAGAAAGCUCAGUGAGGGGAGCAAACUCGAUCAAGGAAUGAAUGUGUUCGCUAGGCAAUUCCAUCAUCGCUAUCAUGAUAUCGCAGCCAGACGUGCGGCAUCCUCGAA